AGUCUCAAGCUUGAUCCUUGGCGCCCACUUUUGGCCCCCCGUGCCCAGCAUGGCGACUGCAGAGGAGAAACCUGGUGAGUUGUCCUUGGCUGACUGGCGAGGCCAGAGAGUUCGUGGUUCGCAGGACUUGACGAACGAUAUGAUUGUGUUUGCCGUUGUAUGUAGAUUACAUAUAUAUAUAUAUAUAUGUGUGUGUGUGUGUUUGUAUACAUUGUAUAUAUAUAUAUAUGGUUGUAUAAAAUAUUUGUUUGGGGAUGUGGGGUGAGGACGAGGCUGGAGGUGCUCCCAGCAUCGAGGGAAGCGAGGAAGAGUUGGCUGACGGCUUUUUAACACUGCUACUGGGCAAGAGAUUGGCUCCAGACAAUGACAAAGACCAGGACCAAGAUUUCAACAUCACAAGCGAGGAAAUUGGCCUGCACCAGCCUCAUGUUUCAAUUGGAGCCAACAGCGGUCGCUACAUCAAGUCGCUCAGGAUUCGGUCGCAUGUAUACAUGUAGGGUACAAGAUCCAUGGAGCAGACACGGGUGCACCUUGAGGUUUCAGCAUGGUGGAAGUGACCAAUUGAACUUGCUCAAAUAUACUUAUAUCAUUUCCCAAUUUGCUUGUUGAUGUAUGACUUGCAAGAAGCGACGGACGAAUGUAUGCUCCCAAUUACCUUCACGUGCGGCCUUGGUUUUGUGGCCUUGCAGUUUCUGGGCCUGCCAGGAGUUGAAGGAGCAGCUCAGGGAACCCCUGGGUCUGACGGCAGAGACGCCGUUGGCUCUGAGCUACCAGAAUGGGUCUCGAAACUCGGUGAAGAAGGUCUUGGAAGAGAAGCAGGGCCUUGCAGAGCAAGGAGUUGAGGAUGGAGCUUGUGUGACUGUGAAGGUGGAUGCAAUGGAGGUUCGCCCUGAAAACUCCUUCCUGAGAGAAUCCAUCCGCAAUAACGGGGGCAAUAGCUACUACUAUGCUCAUGCCAAUGAAAAGGAGCUUCCCCCUGAGCUUCGAUAUGUUUAUGGUGGAGAUCCCAUCAAGUUGGAAUCGAACACCGAAGGUGAUGCUUUGAAGGCAGAAAAAGCUGCAAAAGCGUUGACCCACUACUCCUGGGCUGACGAGGGUGACUUCGUUUGCAUCUACGUGUCAGCCGAGGGAGAACCAGAGGCCAUUGAAGCGGCCAAAGACGGCGAUGUGAAGGUCCAAUUUGAGGCUAGAUCAGCCGAGCUGCGCAUAAGCAAAGACUCAAAGGAGUAUGCACUGAGCCUUCGCCAAUUGGAGGGUGAAAUUGUGCCUGAUGAGUCAAAACACCGUGUGAGCGCUGGGAAAAGGGUCACCCUGAAGAUGAAAAAGAAAAGGACUGUCACUUGGACGCGCCUUCAACAGAGCAAGUGACCGGGAGGGCAUGUUUCACCCAUCCCACAUACGCACUUCAUUCAGGAGUUUAGCAC